AUGUUGGAAGAGAAUAUUGCAAAGAUUGGACACAAUAAAAGACUAGGAAAAGGCGAAAUGUUAACAUUGAUGAGAGAGCGCAAUGAAAAUAUUGGAAAGGCGCAUAAGAGAUUGGACACAAUAAAAGACUAG